AUGAGGUCCCAAAUCAUCCUGCUGCUGCUCACACUGGUCCUACACCUGACUGAUAUCUGGGAGGAGCUCAUCUUCCAGGGAUCCGAGCAAGAAGGAGUGUCAGCCCUCUCAUCCCCAGGCUCCCACUCCCUGAGCUAUGUCUACACCGCGAUGUCCCGGCCCAGCCUCAGGGAGCCCCACUACAUAGCCGUGGGCUACGUGGACGACACGGAGUUCCUGCGGUUCGACAGCAACUCUCCGGGUCGGAGCGCGGAGCCGCGGGCGCCCUGGGCAGAGCAGUUGGGGCCUGAGUACUGAGAGGAGGAGACGCGGAUCCUCAGGAACAACAUACCGGUGUACGGAGACAGCCUGAGCAACCUGUGCCGCUACCACAACCAGAGCGAGGAGGGGUCUCACACCCUCCAGAAGAUGUACGGCUGCGACGUGGGGCCCGACGGGCGCCUCCUCCGCGGGUACACUCAGUACGCCUACGACGGCGCCGACUACAUCGCCCUGAACCGGGACCUGCGCUCCUGGACCGCGGUGGACCUGGCGGCUCAGAUCACCAUGCGCAGGUGGGAGGCGAGUGGAAUAGCGGAGCACUACAGGAACUACCUGGAGGUGGACUGCGUGAACUGGCUGCGUAAAUACCUUGAGCACGGGAGGGAGACGCUGCAGUACGCAGUUCCCCCAGAGACACAGGUAACCUGCCACCACACCUCUAACCAAAAUGUCACCCUGAAGUGCUGGGCCCUGGGCUUCUACCCUGCGGAGAUCACCCUGACCUGGCAGCGAGAUGGGGCGAACCUGACCCAGGACAUGCAGCUGGUGGACACCAGGCCUGGGGGCAAUGGAACCUUCCAGAAGUGGGCAGCUGUGGUGGUGCCUUCUGGAGAGGAGCAGAGAUACACGUGCCAUGUGCAGCAUGAGGGGCUGCCGGAGCCCCGAAUCCUGAGAUGGGAGCCCCCUCCUCAGUCCUCCACCCCCACUGGGGGCCUCAUUGCUGGCCUGGUUCUCCUUGGAGCUGUGCUCACUGUGGCUGCAGUGGCUGCAGCUGUGAUGUGGAAGAAGAAGCGCUCAGGCAGUGACAGUGCCCAGGGCCCUGAUGUGCCUUUCAGCCCCUUAAGGUGA